AAGGAGGGAGGAGCAGAGAGAGAGAGAGAGAGGGGGGGCGUCUGCGCUGCGCAGACUGUGUCGGGUUUCGGCAGCCACUGCGCAACUCACAAGCAGAGCGUCACGUGACGGCGCCGGGGAUGGUGAAUUGAUCGAUUGGCAAAAAGGAGAGAGAGAGAGAGAGAGCGAGAGAGAAAGGAAGAGCGGGGGCCAGUGGGAAAUCGCUUUUUUUUACACACACACACACACACACAUAUAUAUAUCUCUUAAAAAAAUAUGGAGACGCACAUAUCGUGUCUCUUCCCCGAGAUUUUAGCCAUGAUCUUCAGCUACCUGGACGUGAGGGACAAAGGGAGAGCGGCGCAAGUGUGCACGGCUUGGAGGGACGCUGCCUACCACAAAUCCGUCUGGAGGGGGGUCGAAGCCAAGUUGCAUUUGAGGAGAGCCAACCCUUCCCUUUUCCCGAGCCUGCAGGCGAGGGGCAUCAGGCGGGUGCAGAUCCUGAGCCUGCGGCGGAGCCUGAGCUAUGUGAUCCAAGGCAUGCCCAACAUCGAGAGCCUGAACCUCAGCGGCUGCUACAACUUGACAGACAUCGGCCUGGGACACGCUUUCGUGCAAGAGAUCCCGUCUCUCAACGUCCUGAACCUGAGCCUCUGCAAACAGAUCACGGACAGCAGUCUGGGCAGAAUAGCGCAGUAUCUGAAGAACCUGGAGGUGCUGGAGCUCGGCGGCUGCAGCAACAUCACCAACACCGGCCUUCUGCUCAUCGCCUGGGGCUUACACAGGCUCAAAAGUCUGAACCUGAGGAGCUGUCGGCAUGUCUCAGACGUGGGGAUCGGCCAUUUGGCGGGGAUGACCAGGAGCGCCGCAGAAGGCUGCUUAAAUCUGGAGUACUUGACUUUACAAGACUGCCAGAAACUCUCGGAUUUGUCCUUAAAACACAUCUCCAAAGGCCUGACCAAACUCAAGGUGCUCAACCUGAGUUUUUGCGGCGGCAUUUCAGACGCGGGUAUGUUGCACCUCUCGCACAUGACGAGUUUGUGGAGUCUGAACCUGAGAUCUUGUGACAACAUCAGCGACACCGGGAUCAUGCAUUUAGCAAUGGGGAGUUUGAGACUGACCGGGCUGGACGUGUCCUUCUGCGAUAAGAUAGGCGACCAAAGCUUGGCUUACAUCGCCCAGGGGUUGUAUCAACUCAAGUCGCUUUCCCUCUGCUCUUGCCACAUAAGUGACGACGGUAUCAACAAAAUGGCCCGGCAGAUGCACGAAUUAAGGACCCUAAACAUCGGCCAGUGUGUGCGGAUUACAGACAAAGGACUGGAGCUCAUAGCUGACCACUUGACCCAACUCACGGGCAUUGAUCUGUACGGCUGCACAAAAAUCACCAAAAGGGGACUGGAAAGAAUCACUCAACUGCCCUGCCUUAAAGUUCUCAACUUGGGACUUUGGCAGAUGACUGAGAGCGAAAAAAAAUUAAAGCCUGUUCUACCUUAAAUAGGACAACCACGUCAAGUGAAGAAUCAUCGAUUCCUGAGCAUUUGAGUGCCUGUCAGGGGCAAUGAUUGCACAGACACAGACAGACAGACAGACAAACAGAGACAGACAGACAGAGACAGACAGACAGACAGACAGUUGCUGAAGGAAAAGGAAAAACAAAAAAAAUCCUGCUGAUUUAACCUUAUAUUUGAAUUGUACUGUAUGUGAAUUUGUAAAUGAUACCUAAACGUUUUAUAUUCUUACAGUAAACGUUAAACAAAAAAAAGUUGAUAUUUAUAUAAUAAAGACAGGAAAAUAUGAA